AUCAGGAAGCACCUGCUCCCGAGAAGGUGAAGAAAAACUGAUUGAGAAGAAAAAAAAGUAACACAACACUUCUUGUGAAUGCUUUUUUAAUGCUUGAGUGCGUGAAGACCAGCGCAUUGGUGUGGUUCUGUGUGUGCAUGGAGAUCCUCCUCUGAGAGAGUUCGGACAGUAGUGAGAAACUCUGUGCAUGUUCUCUUUGGACGCUUCACCACAGAAGAAGGACACUUGGUCCAGGAGCUGUUACGCAUGAGCGCGUUGACACUCGUGCAUGAACUCACUUCACUUUUUUUUUUUUUGCGUGGUUGCAAAAGUCACAGACAGUGGCAAAGGGGAAGGGGGAAAAAACGUCUAUUAGUCACGCGUAUUCACGUUUAUGUGCGCCACGCAAAUCUGGCGCGCGCAAAAGAGGGGAUGCCGGUCAGGCGUGGCUUGGGUUUUUGAAUAUCCAAUUUGAUAAUGCACGAGGAGCAUGUGUAUAAAAAGGCCGAUUGGAGACGAUAAAACUCGCAUCGGGGAGUUGUGAGGAGCCACGCAGCGUGGAUGAGGCUGAGCUCGUGCGCGGGCAUGUGCUGUCUGACUUGCUGAGACGUGUCACAACUCAACGCGGGCACCAUGGCGGAGGUCGGCGGAUUCCUGGGCACCAUCGACCUGGAUUUACCGAGUUUCACGGCGCUGGGAAACACGCCACUGUCCGACUCGCCGGCCGGGUUGAACGAGCGCCUCGGGCUGAUCGAGGGCAGACUGCGGCGCGGCUCACUCACCGACUUCGAUCAUCUCAAAGGGAUCCUGCGCAGGAGGCAGCUGUACUGCAGGACCGGCUUCCAGCUGGAGAUCUUCCCCAACGGCACAGUGCACGGCACCAGACAGGAUCACAGCAGAUUCGGUAUUCUGGAGUUCAUUAGCCUGGCUGUGGGGCUGGUCAGCAUAAGAGGGGUGGACGCCGGACUUUAUCUCGGAAUGAACGAAAAAGGAGAACUCUAUGGGUCGAAAAAGCUGACAGCUGAGUGUGUCUUCCGUGAGCAGUUUGAGGAGAACUGGUACAACACUUACGCUUCGACGCUGUACAAACACACAGACACGGGGAAGUACUACUACGUGGCCUUGAACAAGGACGGGUCGCCUCGAGAAGGCAGCAGGACUAAAAAGCACCAGAAGUUGACUCACUUCCUGCCCAGGCUGGUGGAGAUCGAGACGAUCGCGCAGGCCUACAGGGAUUUGUUCCAGCACAGGUGACCAAAAGUCCAGCCAGGGCUGCAAGAGCGAGGAGGGGUGAAGGGAAAUCGGAGAGAGAGAGAGACUUAAGUUUUUAUGGAGGACCCUCCUUUCUCUUUCCUCUCACGACUGUUUAGAUUUGCCUUCUGGUCCAAAGCAAGGAGUCCCUCUCCAGCGGUGACUGAGAUAAACAGUACGUGUGUGUUCCUGGAUGGGUCUGUUUCCUCUCCUUAAUGGGUUUUAAACCACAGUGCAGAGAGGACAUUCCUCCAUCUGCCACCAGUGCCAAGAGGCUUCUGAGGGAGAGGUGUUGAAUUCAGGGGCCUCAUGUUGUCAUGCAACCACCUCAUCCUCAGAUAACUCAGCAUUCACUCAAAGAAACCACUCACGAUGGAAAGAACCACUUGUGAGCUAUGCUCCCAUUUUGGUCUUGGCCAUUUCAGUAUGUCUUAAACUUUUUUUUAUGUCUCGCAUCUGCGAAACUUGGAUGCAACAUUAGCACCACUGAACUCAAGCACAGGCGCUAAUCCCACUGCGAGUGUCUCUGUAAACUCACUCUCACCUCCAUAAUGCAGUAGGCGCACACAGUGAGAAUUGCUAAAAGGACCACGGUGAAAGGAAAUGAUUAUGGCACUAUUUACAAGGUGGACAAGGACAGCUUCUUUUAAAGAGUAUACAGUAGCAUCUCAAUACGAGAAACAUGCAAAACAAAAAGGUUUUCUACAAAGUGUAUAUUUAGGGACACUUGGUGAAACAAGUGAGGGGGUACUGCUAAGUAAUAAAACUGGCAAAAACGUACGGAAACAAUCAUCAUCAAGCCAAACCGUAAAAGACUUUUUUUUUUUUUUAAAAGAUAAAGGCCUGUAAGACCACCAAAGAAGAACGAACACCUGUCAGGACAGAGUGGGAAAACACCGUCUCCAGUGUGAAACACAGAUCACUUAGCACUUAGACAAUCUGCUCUACAGUCUCGUUUCAAGGUUCUGGAAAAGUCUUUGCUUGUUGACAGUUGAGAAAAAAUGAAUGCACUCUGUAAUGGGGGGUCAGGGGACAAUUUUUCUAUUGAAAACCAGAGAAAAGCUACGGCAUCACAUGCAGAAAGGUCGCAGUGUGUUGGUCAGCUGACGUGGCGCGACGUGUAACGUAAGGCUGUCAGGAACAUUCUUUAAAAAAAUGUAAGUGACGAGUGUAAAUAUGGAUGAACCUAUUUAUGAGAUGUACAAGAUAUUUAUUUUCUACAUAUUAUUGUAUAAUUCUAAAUCUUUAUAGAAAUAUAUUUAUUUAUUUCAAAAGUCUCUAUUUUGUAAUGAACUUGAAAUGCUAAGAUUUGUAGAUUCUACUGAGAGCAUAUACGAAAUCAGUUCCACAUGAAUGAACGACAAUAAAAUUGUCCUGCUAUUGAUUGUUCAUUGCGAGUGACCAUUUUUGCUUGAGGAUAAAAGGGAAAAAAAAAAAUAUAUAUAUAUCUAUCUCCUGAUUAAAAUGUUCUGUGGAGAAGUAUCCGUAUCGAGUUUUGAUUUGUUCAUUGCAUUGAAUGUUUCUUUCUAAAGGGGGAAAAAAAAAUAUCCAAGGCUCAGGACAGAAACGUCAGAAAGACCGAUGGCUAUUAAUCUAAAAAUGAAAAGCAUGUUAGAGAAAAAAGCUUCGGUGUAGAUCACAGCGCUACACCAGGGAUGAAAGUCCAUCUGACAAAUGCCUACUGCUCCAGAGAAUGUGAAUUCCAGAGCGGAGCUGUAGCCCUGCGUAAUCAAUCUCUAUGGAGACGUGGACGAUGGCUGAUGAUGUAAAGAGACUGUUCUUGGCACUGAAAACUUAUGAGAAAGUUCUCCCAAAACAGCCUGCAGAGGCAUAAAUCAAAAGUGUGCAGCAAGUUAAACAAUAAAAGGUGCGUCGCUGGGUGACAAACCCGCUGAAUAAUAACGCCUGAAGACUUUCCGUUGCAAUGAUUUAUAAUAAAAAAAAAAUUCCCUUUAUUUGUUUGCUCGCACAUGGUGAUCAACAGAGCCGACUCUCGCACUCUGCAAGACGAAGCGGAUUCCUUGAACAAGAUACGGAUAAACUAUGAAAGCAUGAUCAAUGCUAGGACCUUUUUUUUUUUUUUUUUUUGGGUGUUUGUGGGGGGUUGGGGGGAGGUUGCAUUAACGCAUAAUCAAGCAGCGUGAGACCAGCAGUGGCGUUGAAGUACGCAGAUGAGGGGAACAGCUGCCUAGCGGCCAGGAGGAAUGUGCUGCAAAUGUAGCCUGGUGGUAAUCUCUGUAUAAGAAAGAUGGGAUCAACAUUUCAACAUCUGCAAUAGUUGUAAUGUUUCACUUUUAUUUUUUUUGUGAGCUGUGAAUGCAUGCAUCCCCGGGGAGGAGGAGGAGGAGGCGGGGAAGGCAGUUCGAGAGGGCCAAAAGGAAAACCAAAAGACCCUGAGUGGAAGAAAUCCUGGCAGAGAAAAGAAAGGAAUGUACAGAAGAGGUGUUGCAGAUGAAGGAGGGAUGCUACAAA